AUGAUUGUUGGUUUUGGGCGGGCUGCCAAGAAUGAAAACGAGGACCUGCGUGUGCUGUUUCUGGAUUUCCCAGACCUGUUCUGGGAGGGGCGUCUCUCUGCUGUGCUCCGACCGCUCUGCACCCGAGACAUGCUGCACAGCGCGGAGCCCGAGGUCGUUGUCGACGCGGCGGGCCGUCAGCUCGUCCCAAGGCUUCGCCAGAUGCCUGAGCCUAAUGCUCGCUAUAAUUCGGUCGAGCGGCCGACCAUCCAAGAGGUAGACGCGAACCAGACAGCUCUUGAACUCCACAGGGAGGAGAGCGGCAGCUACGUCCUCGUGCCGCCGAGACUUGAGCUCGAGACACAUAUCAAGGGAGGUAGUGGCCUGAUCGAGCUGAGGACCACGCACACCACCCUGGCUGCCACCAAGACCGUCAUAGGACAUCAGUUCGCUGCUCUGGGCGUCGACUCGGACCAGCAUGUGUACCUGACUUUCACAUCGACCCUCAGGUCGGCGAUGCAGGUGCCGCGCGCGCUGGCCGUCCGAUGCGACGACGUGAGCCUGCCUCCGGCGGCCCUGUUGGCCUUGGUCAUGGCCGUGUCCGCCGCCCAGUGUAUAGUCGGGCCGUUGCCAAGGGGCCAACGCUUCGCUGUCCACAGCCCGUCCGAGUAUGCUGCCGCCGUGCUCAGCGCGUAUGCCUCGAUCAAGGGUGCGAAGGUGACCUUCACCACAGACCUCGGGUCACCGUCGCAAGCGGCACCCGCAUCAGCGACCUCCUGGAUCCCCCUCGCCCCCUUCCUCGCCCCGUCCGACGUGCUCGACGUCCUCCCGCGCGCGCUGUCCUGCUUCGUCGACCUCAGCGUCGAGCAUUCUCCCAAUGCCUCGACCAUACUGUCAGCACUUCCUCUGGCCACUCGCGUCGAGACCACGGACAGGUUGUUCAUGAGCCCUUGUGCAGGCAGCUCCUCGGUCAGCGGCGCACUGUCGGCGGAGGAUUUGGCCGCCCUGGUGCAGGACCUACGCCAGGUUGCUGCAAUGAUCAAAAGUCAGCCAGCCGAGACUGUGACCUUGGAGGACGUAGUGCGUGGCACGUCACCCAAAGACCCAUUCACCGUCGUGGACUGGAGGGCUUUUUUGCCUGCCUCUCUUCCAAUGCGCGUCACCCGGUUGGAUCCGAGGUCGCUUCUCAAGCAGGACAAGACCUACUGGCUGUGCGGCAUGUCCGGCGGGCUGGGACUCAGUUUGUGCGACUGGCUCAU